UGUGCAUCAAUGCAUGAGUUCUUUCUAGAGUGAGAACAAGAGUCUAAAGAGUUAAUUAAAUGGCUGAGCAAAAAAUGGGGUGUGUUCUUGGUGAAACUUUCAACAAAAUGAAGCCAUAUUUGGCUAUGAUUUCUCUUCAAUUUGGGUAUGCAGGAAUGCAUAUUGUUCUCUUGCUCUCUUUCAAGAGAGGUUUUAGUCAUUGGGUUUUCGUUGUUUAUCGUCACGCAGUUGCAACCGUGUUUUUUGCUCCUUUUGCAUACUAUUUUGAGAAGAAAAUAAGGCCCAAGAUGACGAAAUCAAUAUUCUUCAAGAUAAUGCUGCUUGGUUUCUUGGAGCCAGUUUUGGACCAAAACUUGUACGGCGUCGGAAUCCAGUACACGUCAGCAACGUUCGCGGCGGCGACCGUCAAUAUUCUCCCCGCCGUCACCUUCAUUAUGGCUGUUGUUUUCAGGUUGGAAAAGGUGAAUCUGAAAAAAGUCCACAGCUUAGCAAAAGUGAUCGGAACGACGGUGACGGUGAUCGGAGCAAUGCUGAUGACACUGUACAAAGGCCCCGCCAUCAACAUCUUGUUCUUCUCUCACGGCGGCCACCAUGAGGCCGCCAGCACUGCCGCCGAUCAGCACUGGGUCACCGGCACGAUCAUGCUGCUCGGCUGCAUCGUCGGCUGGGCCGCCUUCUUCAUCUUACAAAAUAAUACGUUGAAGGAGUACCCGGCCGAGCUGUCGUUGACGACAUUGAUUUGUCUGAUGGGGACGGUGGAAGGUGGCAUCGUGGCAGCGAUAAUGGAGCGGAGGCCGAGCGCCUGGGCUAUUGGUUUUGAUGCUCGGCUGCUCGCUGCUACAUAUUCAGGACUUGUAUGCUCAGGAAUAGCAUAUUACUUGCAAAGUGUGGUGAAUAAGGCAAAAGGUCCAGUGUUUGUGACAUCAUUUAGCCCCCUAAGCAUGAUCAUCACUGCUUUCUUGUCAGCCAUCAUUCUCGCCGAGACGCUCCAUCUCGGAAGUGUGAUCGGAGCAGUGAUCAUAGUUAGUGGGCUGUACUGCGUGGUGUGGGGCAAAACGAAGGAGGACUCUGCUGCGAAGGACAUUAAAUCGCAACAAUUACCGGUGGUCAUAGACAUGGGUGCUUCAGACAAUAACAUCAAUGGAACUACUCUCAAAACGAAGAUUAAUUCCCUUCAUGAAGAGCCUUGAUGAAGAGAGAUUUGUGUUCAAUUAGUGUUCAAUUAAUGUUCAAUCACUCAUGUGGAAGAUGUGGUUGACUUGAUUUCAAUUGUUCAGUAUGGUGUUUUUCAUGCUGCUUUUGCUUAAUGUAAUUUGGUUUUGUGUCAAUAAACCAAGUUUUGUCCUUAA